AUGUGCGAUACUGAAACAAAUACAGUUCAAGUUUGCCCGAAAGGUUACUACUGCCCCACUGGCACAGCAGUAGGUAAACAAAGGCCUUGCCUCGCUGGCACGUACUCCCCCUCUACCUCACUGGCGGAUGCUGGAGAGUGCAUUUCAUGCAUGCCGGGCUACUAUUGUCCACAAGGCUCAACGAGUCAAAUAAAAUGCCCCAGGGGGUCCUUCUGUCCCAAGAGAACGAAAUCGCCAGAUCAUCAUCCGUGCCCUGGAGGCACUUACAACCCUUCUGAAAUGGCCAUCGAUAUCGUGGAAUGCCUACCGUGUCCAACUGGCAAGUAUUGCCCUCAAGGUUCUUCUACGCCCUUGGACUGUCCUGAAAGUGGAGCUGCAUACUGCACUCAGAAAGCUGCUAGACGUCUUUUCCGUUUGAACAACAUAUUUUGUGGUGAUUUACUCUGCUCUGGGUGUUUGCUUCGACACUUCUAUGUAGGGACUUACAGCGACGGCUACGGCACCAAGGGUCCAGGACCCGGCAGCCAUAAGUCUAUGUGCAUGCGAUGCCCUGCUGGAUAUAGCUGUACAAAUGGCACAAGAACUCCGUGUGGGCCAGGGAAAACCUCAAAAGAAGGAGAUGGCAUUUGCAUGGAUUGCCCUAGAGUAGGUAGUCUGUCUAGUCGCCUGGAAGGGUCAUACUGCCCUAUUGAUGUCACGACGUACGAUAUGCUAGAGUCGUUUCGUUGCAGUGCCGGAAUGCUCUGUACCGAGGAAGGAUGGGUGGACCUUUCAAAAAGUUCGCCCUGCCCAAAGGGCCAUUACUGCCCUGCUGGAGCAGCGGAGGCAACUCCAUGCCCGGAAGGGACAUUUAAUCCCCUAGAACGGCGAGAAAAAGUGUCUGAUUGCAUCAUUUCAAAGGCUGGUACAUACGCAAAGGAAGGAACUAUUUCGGCCGCUGGCAGUGGCUCUUGCCAAAAGGUAAAUGCCAACUAA